AAUAAUCACUUAGUAUACAUAUGUAAACUCUGUGGAGGAUUCACUUUGCAUUUGUAUUGUGAGUACCCAUUGAUAUUUAUUAUAUACUUAGGCACUUAUGAGAAAGCUCUCAAAGAACAAGGAAGUGUUGAUGUAGCGUAUGCUCGUCUUAUGUUACUGGGAUCAGCUGGUACUGGCAAGACAUCUCUCAAGCGUUCAUUAAUGGAAGAACCUUUCAAUCCUCAUACUACAAGCACCAUUGUAUCUGAUGUAUCCUUUGUACGACCAUUUGGACACAAGUGGCAAACAAGAAAAGGAAAGAAAUGGAGAGAAGCCACAGAAGAAGAUGAAAUUGAAGAACUUGCACAUUUGCUUGAAUCCAGUGAUUCUAGACCAUCCUCACACCAUGCAUCUGUAUUGAGUGCAAAAUAUUCUCAUGAUGAAUUAGUUUCUACUAGUUCAAUAGCUUCUGAUUUGAAUGUGGAGAGUCGUAUCCAAUCAUUACUUGAAAGAGUUAGAUCAUUUUAUCAGACAACAGAAUUACUUAUCCAACCAUUUCUUCAUAUAUGGGAUUGUGGUGGUCAGCCAGUGUUCCUUGAGAUUCUCCCAGCCUUCCUCACUCCUCGUACAAUGUUUCUCCUCCUGUUUGAUGCUUCAAAGGAUAUCAGGGAAAGAUGGCAAUCACGUCAAAAUACUCCUGAUGGUAAAGUGCUGUUUGGUGAGGUAGUGAAUGAAAGCACCAGUGAUCUAAUGGCCAAAUGGAUGUCUACAAUACACAGUCACCUCGUAAAGCACAACAAAGAUGAUCUUUCUUCUCCUAGUCUCUAUUGUAUUGGCACUCGUGGUGACAAGCUAGAGGAAGAAAGCAAGAAAGAAGUAAAAAAGCAAAUGCAGUUCCUUUAUCAGGAAAAAGAAUUCUCAGAUCUUAUUAAAGAUGUGCUAAUCAUUGAUAAUACAACUUCAGGAAAGGGGAAAAGUGAAGAUCCAAGCAUUACAGAAUUACGUGAAGCUAUUGAUGGUUUCAUUAAUAAGUUAGUUCUUUCAACCCCUGUCAAUUGGGUUCUGUUUCGCAACAUACUUCAAGAGCUAGAAAAGCCUAAUGUCAUUAGUCUAUCUGAUGCCAUUGCCAUUGGAGUGGCAUGUCAUAUACCAGCAGCUGAUGUUCCUGAAGUAUUGAAAUUCUACCAUGAGCUGGGAGCUCUUCUUUACUAUCCUCAAAUAGAAGGUCUGAGGAAUAAAGUCAUUCUCAAUCCAAAAUGGUUUGUUGAUACCAUUGGGAAGGUGUUCACAUUAGAAGGAUGGAACAUAGGGAAAAAAUGGUAUUUGUUGCGAAAUAAUGGUAUUCUUGUUCAACCUCUCUAUCAAGAAGUAUGGCAGUCAAGUGGUAUUGAUCCAGAAGAAAUAAUUGAACUUUUAGUUCAUUUUCGUCUUGCAGUUCAAGUUCAAACUGAGCAUUAUGAUAGCACAUCCAAGCAAUAUUUUCUUCCAGCAGUGCUACAAGGAUACACAGGUAAUCCUAAUGAAGUACGACCUGGUUAUGAGCUAAGAGCCUCACCUGUACACAUUACAUUCUCCACUGGGUAUGUACCUCCUGGCUUCUUCACUCGUUUAGCAACCACUGUAGCUACUAAUGAUAAUGUUGAGCUCAAUUUAGCACACUCUGAAGUUGAAACAAAAAGUAUCUAUCGCAAUCGUGUCUGCUUCUCUUUUGGCCAUCCUUCUGAUGAUUUUGUUCUCACUGAUAUUAAUAAAGCUAUUCAAGUUGAUGCGUAUCGAUAUGUACCUGAGAGUAGUCAUCCAGUUUCUUUCAAAGCAGUUUGUCAAGAAAUAUUAAAACUGCUAAAGAAUUGUUGUGAAAAAGUAGAAGACACCCUUUAUGGUUACCAUGGACAUCAUAUUGCUCAAUCAUCAUCAAGAGAUGUUCGCUAUGUCUGUGAGUGCAAGGCUUCCAGUUCCAAUGAGGUUCAUUACAUUAAAGUUAAAGCUGAGAAGCAAACCUGCUCUGAUUAUGUUUUUUGCGAAAAGGCUAGAAGUACUCGUUCCCUAACUCAAAGAGAAUCGAUGUGGUUUCAAGACAAGUUCUCGUAUAUAAAAUAUCUCAUUCAGUUUGGAGUUGGUCUCAUUUCUUUGAUUAUUUUAUUGAUGCUUCUUAGAUUUUUAUUCACUGUCUUAGCUAAUAAUAACUCAACUACAGCAAAUAAAGCAAAUAUCUUGACAAUUAGCAACUUGCGAGAAGUAUUAGAUGUAUUGAACGAUGGGUACUUUCCUAGUAACAAGUGGUUUCAGCUUGGAUUAUCCUUGGACCUGCUGAAUCCAAAGUUAGAAACAAUUAGUGAUGAUAAUGCCAGGGACAGUGAAAGAUGCCUUCUAAAAUGUCUGACAUUAUGGUUGACAGAGGACAUUGAAGCAACAUGGGGCGAAUUAGCUGAUGCUGUUGAUAACACUGGAGAAAAAGCUGUUGCAGCUUAUAUAAGGUCGGUUAAAGUCAAGAGCCAAAAAGAACUUUAACAACUGCCGUAGUAUUACUGUUAAUUAACAAGACAUAUUAAUUGCAUACACAUACAAUUUAUAUUGUAGCACAUGAAUUACACAAGAUUAUUUGUGCUAUUUAUACUUUUGUAACUAGUUGUUGCCAGCUGGCAACAUUAUGGAAUCUUGUGCUAUUAUUAGGUGUAUUUAAAACUCAAUUAUGUAUUGUGUGUUAGUGAUGUGCGUGUAACAUCUAUAUAACUAUGAUACUGUUACAUGUGUUGGUAUAAAUACA